UCCUGGAAAGGGGAACAGUUAAAUUUGUAAUUUGGGUUGUGUGAAACACUUCUUUGGGCCUCAUAAACAACCACAGAACCACAAGUUGGGCACGGAGGCAGUCACCCAAGAGCGGGUCCGGGAUAUUGGUCAGCAGGGAGGGCGAAUCGUUGUGCCUGCAAACCACAGGGUUUCGGAGGGUGGUGGAAGAAACCCUAAAUUGCCUCCCAGUGAAGAGAGAGUGAGUUUUGGAGAGGAAACAAUGGCUUCAAACAGCAUUUUUGAGUCACUUCCUUCUUACCAGCACUUCUUGAGAGAUACCAGCACCAGCCGCCGCUUCACGCCGCCCUCCACCACGCUGAGCCCGGGGAAGAUGAGCGAGCCGCUGGCGCUGCCCGGCGCCGAGCACAGCGGGGCUUUGCCGGGGAAGCUGCGCAGCGCCGACCGCAGCAUGGUGGAGGUCCUGGCGGAUCACCCCGGGGAGCUGGUGCGCACCGACAGCCCCAACUUCCUCUGCUCCGUGCUGCCCACGCACUGGCGCUGCAACAAGACGCUGCCCAUCGCCUUCAAGGUGGUGGCCCUGGGGGACGUUCCCGACGGGACCCUGGUGACGGUGAUGGCCGGGAAUGACGAGAAUUACUCGGCGGAGCUGCGCAACGCCACGGCCGCCAUGAAGAACCAGGUGGCGCGCUUCAACGACCUGCGCUUCGUGGGCAGGAGCGGCAGAGUGAGAAGCACCCGUGGACACCCUUCCAACACAAACAGCGCCACAACGCCGCAGAAGCGCGGCCCUGACGGAGCACUAAACACAUUUUAGGAAUAAAACCCCCAUCCAGUUUUCCUCUGGGUCCUGCAGCGUUUUUAGCUGAGGGUACAGAGGCAGCUGCCUCUCAAAUUGUGUUGUUUGGGCCGUCUUCAAAUGGAAAACACCCGCAGCUGAGAACGUCGCCUUGUAAUGCCAGCGAGGAAUAAUAAUAGGGUAAUGCAGGGCAAAUUAUAUCCAUUUACUGAAAACAUGAGAGAUGCUGUAAUGUCUAAAAGUAUCAGUCAUUAAACGUGGUCAUUUGGAAUAUUAAAGGUACCACCUUUUCAGUAAAUGGAAUUUGCAUUAUGAUUCAGAGCUGACUGUUUAGAAGAUUCAAAUGAAUAGCUGGCAGAGUGCUGGAGAAGCUCAUAAAAACAAACCUGUAGUUCAGUUCCUGGCCAUGGUAAUGAGGCUGGAAAUCAUAACAGGCAACUGGGGGAGCCUCAAGGUCAAAAUCCAGUGGCUGGGACACAACAGGCCCUGAUUCUUGGGGAUAGGGAGCCGUGUCCCUGCUCCUUUAGCCGCUCACACACCAACCCGGGCUCUCCAGGUGUGCUAUCCAGAGCCAGGUGCUGAGGAUCCUUUAAGUGGAGGGAUUUGGGAACGCUGCGUGCUCUUAGUCAGGCUCCCAGGUUCAACAUCCUCACCUGCCCAUCUCUGGGGCGGUGACUAAUGGAUGCUUUUGUUUACUCCCCCGCCAGGGGAUUGUUUUCCAAAGGCGGGGAUUGUUUGCCUUUGUGCGGGAUUUGGGAGCUGCUGUUCUGCGGCAUUUGCACAAAGCCUGCAGCAGAAGGUGGCUGCUUCAAAGGGCACUGCUGCCUUUGAUACUUGGCUGCAGGAAAAUGAACCCCGACUUUGUUUGCCGUGGAAUAUUUGAGCUGGGAUCAGCUCCGUGCCACCGGUGAUAAUGCGGUGCCAGGGGCGUUGUGCGAGCAGGGACUGAGAGUUCACCUCGGUUCAGGCCACGGUGGAGGCUCCCUGCAUCCCUCAGGGGAUUUAAAAUCCUUCCUUUAAAUCCCUGAAGGAGAAUCAGGAAUGGUUUCGAGUGGUGACCAUCAGAAUCCCCAUUAAAAUCCCUCAGCAGGCACAGCUCUGUCCCUUCCGAGGAGGAAAUUCCCAUUCUCGACACGCUUCAUAAAUAAUUUCAAUUUCUUCCGUGGAAUGCAGCAAGACAGUCUGUAUCAAAGAUUGUUUCCUAUGUUUUCCUCCUGGUUUUGGGAGGGUCACAGUGAAUCCCCCUGAUCUGGGGGCUGAUUUCCCCUCAGCAAUAUUUGGCACCAAAUAUCAGCCGAAGUUUCAGCCUCGUUCCGUGCCCAACAUCCGGAGUUUGCCCCGUGCUGCUCAGCCUUGCUUAGAGCUAAAAACCCAAAACAUUUGAUUUUCUUCACACCCAAAAUAGGAGUGAGACUGUCACAGGUCACCCAAAACCCGGAGAUGUGGCAGAAAAGC